GAGAGUGCUCGGAGCCCAGCUCUGUAUUCACGGACCGACCUCACCCAAGUUCUCUAGGAGCAGUUACUUAGACGCUGCACUCCUUAUGGGGAUCCUUAUCUCCAUCUUCAGGCGAGGCCAUCGGAAGAAGGCAGUGAUGGGUGCUCGCACCUCCACGACGUCCCGCAGCUCAGUGUCCGCAGUGGACACAGUCACUGUCAGUGUGGCACGGGGGCAGCCAGUGCCGGCCACGACACCCAGCUGUGUCCCGAACUACAGCACAGAGAAGACGGUGUUGAGGGCCCUGGGAGAGAGCGGACAAGGGAUGGCCAAGCAGGAGGAAGUCCCCACAGUCACAGGGAAGAACGAUGACCAGAGAAGCCCCAAUGACACCGGGGGCGCACGAUCUGCAUUUAGGCCCCUGGGGGGCUCUUUCUUCGUGCCCAGGCCUGGACCUCUGCAGAGAGACCUGCACGCCAAGUGGGCAGAGGACAGAUCUGCCAGGAAACAACAGACCUCUUGUAUGAGCUCCUGUCCCCAAAGAAACGCCAUCACGAGCUCAUAUAGCUCCACCCGAGGUUUCCUGCCAGUGGAAAGAAGGAGGGGUCCCGCCAUACCGCAAGGGCUGCCCCAGAAGUCUGCAAAGACAGGGGGCGAGGAGUGCCCUCCAUCACCCUCUGCAGCUCUGGUGGUUUACCAGAGGAAAAGCCAGAUUCCUCUGCUGCCGCACAGGCGAGGGGAGCCUCUGAGGCUGCCUCCAGCCCCUGAGCCGGGUUUCCGGGUCACCGCCGAAGACCUAGACUCGGAGAAGGAAGCAGCGUUCCAGCGCAUCAACAGAGCGCUGCGGGAUCAAGUGUGGAAAAGCACUGGCUUGUAUGAGUGGAGCCUCCAGGUGCUGGAGACCUUCCCUCCUGAGAUCCAGGUCUUCAUGAAGGACUCCAGUGGCCAGGGCAAGCCUUACGCCAUUGACCCUGAUGACUCCAGCCACGACUUGAAAGAGAAGAUUGAAGAGGCUGGAGGACCUUACAUGGAGGGUCCCGGGGCCAGAAACUGUGGAAUCAAUAGCUUCUCAGACUGCACAUCAAGGAUUGUGACACCAUCAUGCUCGUUAAGAGAGGCCCCACAUCCCCACGAGUGCCAAGAUCAGGCUGUUCAUUUUGUAGACUUCUAUGGUCAUGUCCCCCAGCUCACCCCUUUCUACCCAGACCACUGUGCUCUUUCUGAAGCAUAA